CUCAUAGACAUGCGGUAGUUUCAUUUCUGCAGCUAGAUGCAGCGGAGAGAUGUUUUCCGCCUGCUUGUCGUAUUGUCGAGAUCCACACGUGGAUGCGGAGGAGGUCCAGAACAGCACCGACUUCAAUCCGACCUUCGAGGAUGAGGACAGUGAUACCACAGAGAACGAUGAGACAGGCUGCCAAAGUGGGCGGUCAAGAUAUAUGCUCCCGCGUAGGAAACUUACCAGUGUCGAGGAGCUCGAAUGGAUGAAGCCUUUACUGGACAAGCUUUGGCCUAAGAUUGAUUCGGCGCUCCACAAAAUUAUGAAGGAAACGGUGGAGCCCAAGAUCCAAGACAAACUUCCUUUUGCCCUGAAGGGUUUGACCUUCAAAAAGUUCACGCUGGGGAAAACAACACCCAGCGUGGGGCCGAUCACAAUUUGGGAUGCGCCCUGUUUGAAAGACGAUAUCGAUCAUCGAGGAUUGGAACUGCACAUCGAAGUUGAGCUGAAAACCAAAAAUCUGGAUGUUGAACUGGCAAUUGGAGCUCUGACUGCUGGAGUGAAGGAGUGCACAAUCAAAGGUACUUUGGUGGUGCGUUUGGAUCCUCUGCUGGACCAUUCGCCGAUUCUGGGUGGCCUGGUGAUCUAUUUCUUGGACCCACCGGUUCUAGAUCUGGAUUUCACUCAACUUGCUUCAAUGGCAGAGCUUGAGCUCAGCGAACGGGGUCUGACCCGCAUCUUUGAGAAACUCAUUGCCAACCGACUGGUGCUGCCCAACGUUUGGUUCCGCCCUUUCUUGAAGGAUGAAGACAUCGUGGAUACUGCAACCCUGCGCGAUCCAAAGCCUGUAGGCGUACUGAGGGUGACAGUCAUUGAAGGCAGCAAACUCUAUGGCAACGACUUCCAUUUGUUCAGCAAGGCAACCAGCGAUCCAUAUGUCCGCAUUCGCUUGGCGGAUGAUGAAUGGCAAUCUUGCAAACGAGAAGAGACUUGCAAUCCCAAGUGGCUCACUGAUCCUGAGACGAUUGGGAGUGAACAGAUCUCACCAGACGAAGUGCAGCACGACUUCUUGGUCUACGAUGUGGGGCAAACGUUGAGGAUGGAAGUCUUUGACUGGAACCAGAUCAUGGAGCACGUCUUGAUUGGACGCACCAAGCCCAUGACGGUUCAAGAGGCUUUGAGCCGCUCCAGGAAGCCCAUGGAGUUAUUUGAUUCAAAGGAGAAGCAAGAUCGCGGGCAUUUGGUGGUGCAGUUUGACUGGUUGAAAGUCACUUCCGGAUACCUCGACGAUGACUAUGCCUGCAUGGUCAGGAUUAAGUUCGAUGAGGUCUAUGUGCCGGAUGACAUCGACUUCACUUCAGCGAAGAUUCAGGUGAAGCUUCAAGAUGGAAAGCUGAAGAACACGCCUUUCACAUCACCGCCCAACACCACUGUCACUUUCGCAGAAUCUCCCAGUGACAAACGACUGGAUGUCGAGUACGUCAUGUGCUUCGGCGUGGCGAAGGAGGUGGCCAUGACGGAGCCACUGCAGAUCUCGUUGAUUGCGCAACAAGACCAAGUCCACCGAGAACGAACGCUGGCAGUGGGAAGGAUCAACUUGGAAGAAGUCAUGAACGAACCCGACAAAAACAAAGAGUGGAUUGAUGAGCCGUUGAUAUUGGAAAGGCCGCCACCAGAAGAUGGGAACGUUCUGCCAGACUUUUUCACCUCUCGUGGUGAGGCACCACAAGAGGCAGCACCAGUGCGAGCAGAGGUGACGGUUUCCGUGAUGGGCCUGCAGCCAGUUGCCACAAAGGCAGCUCUGACUCAUAUGAGGAAGCGAUGUCAGCAACCUCCCGAAGAUUUUCGAGUCACAAGACGCAACAGCUCGUUGAGUAAGUGGGAACAACCUUUCGUGGGCCGAGAUCAGACAAAGUGCACAGGAUCUGUUGAAUCUCUCGAUUGGUUCAACGCUUUUUUUGGACGACUUUGGCCAAAGAUUGCAAAGUACGUGCAAAAACUCAUGGAGGAUCAAGAGGGGAAUGUGACUCAAAAAAUGCAAGCGGCAGUUCCAAAGCUUCUGAAAGGCAUGUACUUCAACAAGUUCAAGCUGGGGACGAAGACGCCGGUCUUUGGUCCCAUCAAAAUUGGAGAAGCGCCAGAGCGAUGGGGCAAAGAGCCUGGAAAGGAUGCCAAUCAGGGGUCAGAAAUCAGACUGGGCGUGAAACUGGAUUCAGAGUCACAGAUCGAGCUGACUGUGAUGGCUGUGAAGGUGGGCAUCCAUCGAUUGCAGGUCAGAGGCGAAAUCGCCAUCCGCUUUGAACCUUUGUUGGGGCAGACGCCUGUGAUUGGAGGUUUGGUGAUGUGCUUCCUGAAUCCCCCGAAACUGGCCAUGGAGUACAAACACUUUGCCCAACUGGUUGGCAACACAACGUUGGAGCCAAUGGUCAGGGGUGCCAUUGAUCGUGCCAUUGCAAAGGCCUUGGUUAUGCCGAAUGUGAUCUCGGUGCCAAUUGGAAGCGAGGAGAAAGGCGUUGACCGCAGCCUCUUGCGACAUCCGCGUCCUUUGGGAAUUGUCCGCGUGAGGGCAAAGUCUGCGACUGGUCUUCCAGAUGGACAUCUCCACUUGUUCAGCAAGCAGAACAUUGAUGCGUAUGUGAGAGUCCGAGUAGCAGAUGAUGAAUGGCAUUCUUCGAUGGCGGAGGGAAGUUCUCCCGUCUGGACCGCCGCGGAUCAUCACUGCUUCUGGUACUACGACAUCAGGCAGACCAUCCACAUCGAGGUGAUGGACAAGGGUCGGUUCAAUCCUCAACACACGAUAGGCCAAGCCAAGCCGUUGUUGGUAAAGGAUGCAGUAGAAAACAGCGGAGCCGCCAUUGAACUCUUUGCUCCAGUCCAGGGUCUAGAUGAGAUUGGUGACGAAUCGUGCGGAUCUGUUGAUUGUGAGUUUGAACUGCUGCAACCACGGCCGGGCCUUCGUCCUCAAUGCGAGCUUUGCAUGCUGCGUGUCAAAAUCGAUAAGAUCUACGUGGCAGAGGAGUUCCCCGAACCCAUUGCGCUACGUGCUCGAUUCAGCGAUGCUGAGAAGAUGACGUCGUUUGUAACGAGAGCAGUGAGGACAGACAAGGACGCCAAGGAUGCCAAGGACGACAGGAAAGCGUCGAAAGCGUCACGCCAAGACAGCAGAGAUCCAAGCAAGCCUCCGUUGAGACGCAUCGGCACACUCCUGCCAGAGGAAGGUUUCGAGAAGCAACCAGUGACUUUGGGAGUGGAUUCUGUGCUGCAUUUGCUGUUGAGACAAGAAGAUUUGAAAACUCAUAACCUGGAGCUCGAGCUGGUGGACAAAAAACGGAAGGUCUUUGCCUCGAAAGAUAUUGAACUGAAACAGCUGAUUGACAGAAAGGUGUUCCGAAGAAUGUGGGGAAGCGAAAAGCAACCACCGCUGAACUUAAGAGGAGAGGGCGGCAAGUGUCAAGCGGAACUCGAAGUACAGAUUUCAGGUCUCGAUGUGCAACAAGUUCGUGCAAAGAGGGCACCACCACGCUUCAAUCCGGACUUUAUCGUCUCUCAGCCCAGGUGUUUGUGCAGCCGCUGCAAGCUGAAAAGAGAAUCCUGGUUCCUGCUGGCCUUCGCAGCAAACGCUUUGGUGGAAGGGGUUGCAUGCCUGAUUGCCGCCCUGUCCGGAUUCAUUUUGGUCUUUGCCAUCAACGUCUUCGGGCCAAGGCACCGGCAAAAAGUCCUGUCGGACGAAGCAGAUGAGGAUGAAGUGGUCCCCACCAACAUCCCUGCCACACUGUAUGAAGGUGGUGAGACGACUCGAAGUUCCAAGGAACGUGCAUCGCCCAUUCUGGUGCGGGAACGUCCUGUUUCCAUGGCCGAACCACGAUCACCGACCUUCGACUUGACUCCCACAACGAGAACAUGGACCAAGGAUCGAGAUCGCGGUAGGGCAAACACAGCCAAGUAAAUACCAUUUCGAACAGGAUCAGCCAGCGAGGCAAGAUUCGCACUUUUCGUAGAGUUUGCAGAGUGUUUGUGAAGUUAUCGGCGCAUUCUCAGUGUUGAAAUCUUCGCAUGUCCAC